AUGGCCGUCGAAACCCAAAUCAACGCUGCCUCCGACACGAAGCUGGACCUGAAGGAGGCGCUCAACCAGGAUCAUGAGAAGAGUGGUCUGACAACGCAUGCGUCCGAGUCUUCGCUUCAGUAUGAUGAGGCGGAGGUGAAGGCGAUCAAGCGCAAGAUUGAUAUCCGAUUGUGUGUCGUCGUGGCUGUCAUGUAUACCGUGUGUCAAAUUGAUCGAGUGAACCUGGCCAAUGCAGUCGUCGCGGGAAUGGGACUGGAGAUUGACCUCACGGGGCAGCACUACUCCACAAUCGUCGCCGUCUUCUUUCCAACCUACACCGUCUUCCAACCACUGAUGACAGUCAUCGCGCGCAAAAUCGGCCCGCGGAUCUUCAUGGGCUUCAUCACUGUCGCAUGGGGACUGGUGAUGGUCGGAAUGGGCCUGGUCAAUGACUGGAAACACCUGGCCGCCCUACGCGUCAUCCUCGGUCUCUUCGAAGCCGGUCUCUUCCCCGCUGCAGUGUUCCUGAUUAGCAGUUGGUAUAUUCGCCACGAGACGGGGAAACGUAUUGGAUUGUUUUAUCUGCUCGGAAGUGCGAUUAGUUCGUUUGGUGGCAUUCUUGCUUACGGGCUCCAACAAAUGCACGGCCUCCAAGGCCACGCCGGGUGGCGUUGGAUCUUCAUAAUCGAGGGCGUCAUCACUGUCGCCGUAGGUCUGGUGGGAUUCAUUCUGAUCGUCGACUUCCCCGAAGAUGCGCGCCGCACCAAGUGGUUCCUGACGGAUCGCGAGAUCGACAUCAUGAUUGAUCGCGUAGAAAAGGAUCGCGGCGAUGCGCACCUCACGCCGUUUAAUCUCAAGGAGUAUUUUGGCUAUGCGCUCGAGUGGCAGGGGUGGUUGCUCGCAGCGAAUUUUUUGAUGACGGCUGUUGUUAUCUAUGCGGUCUCGUACUUCCUUCCCAUCGUCCUGAUGCAGGGACUCAAGUUCGACGUCGCCAAAGCACAAACACUCACUGCACCGUGCUUCCUCUUCGGCACAGUCCUAGGCCUAACGGAAUCCUGGCUGUCGGACAAAUACAAGCUGCGUGGCCCCGUGGUAGUUUUCAACGCCAUCCUGCAGAUAAUCGGAAUCGCACUGCUCGGGUACGCAAAGCAAAACGGGGUCCGAUACUUCGGCGCCUUUGUCCUCACGGGAUCCUGCAACGCCAAUAUCCCCGCGGCACUCACCUACCAGUCAAAUAACAUCACGGGCCAGUGGCGGAGAGCGUUUGGGUCUGCGCUUAUUGUUGGGGCUGGUGGCGUUGGUGGGAUUAUUGGAGGGUUGGUCUUUCGGGAUCAGGAUGCGCCGGAUUAUGAGCCCGGUCUGUGGACGUGCUUCAUCGCGGCGGGGAUUACGAUUUUCUCCGUGGGAAUCACGACGAUGACCAUGUCUCGCAGGAACAAGAAGCAGAGGAAUGGUAAGGAGAUUUUCAAUACGCCUGGGUUCCGGUUUACCCUGUGA